CCUAUCUAUUUUUAGAAAAAACACUACAAACUCCCUGGGAGCCGAGAUCUAAAAUCUUUCGUUUUCAUCUUUGACGCUGGAGAGGAAAUGGGGUGUUCCUAUUAGAUCUGUCUUUACGCAUCCCCGUUCGUUAUUCCAUGUGGAAACCUUGUCAGUCUUGCAGUCUAUUGUGUUCUUAUCUGAAAACCUUAGAAAGAAAUUUGUAUGCUCAUUCUCUUGAUUAGAGCUUGAUGGUGGCAUUAUAGCAGAUUCAUAUCAAUCACAAUUUUGUAUGAGAUAGCUUUAGGAUAAGGAGUUCUGUUUUUGGACUGUUCAGUGCUGAAGUGAUAGUGAGAAGUCAACAAGGUGAAGGAUCUCAUAACUAAAGAACAAUGAGGAACAGAUCUGAUGGAGGCCAAAAGAAGCGCUUAAUCACUUCUUUGUGUGUUGUGGCAAUCUUUCUUGGGUUUCUAUACGUCUACCAUGGAUCCAUUUUUGGGUCUUCAAACCGUGGUGCAGCAGCUCUAGAAUAUGGUAGCAGAUCUUUGAGAAAACUUGGAUCAUCUUAUUUGGGUGGAGAUGAUGAUGCUGAUGGCAAGCAAGAUGAUUCUUCUAUAAAAUUUGGGCAGCAGGAUGGAGAGGAUGAUAUUACACCCAAAACUUUCCCUGUAUGUGAUGAUAGGCAUUCAGAACUAAUUCCAUGCUUAGACAGAAAUCUCAUAUACCAAAUGAGAUUGAAGCUGGACUUAACAUUGAUGGAACACUAUGAGCGUCAUUGCCCCCCUCCUGAGAGGAGGUACAACUGUUUGAUUCCUCCUCCACCAGGAUACAAGGUCCCAAUUAAGUGGCCCAGAAGCAGAGACGAAGUAUGGAAAGUAAACAUUCCUCAUACACACCUUGCGCAUGAAAAAUCUGAUCAGAACUGGAUGGUUGUUAAAGGAGAAAAGAUAGCAUUCCCUGGGGGAGGCACUCAUUUCCACUAUGGAGCUGACAAGUAUAUUGCUUCAAUUGCUAAUAUGCUCAACUUUUCAAACAAUAAUUUAAACAACGAAGGAAGAUUGCGUACAGUUCUUGAUGUUGGCUGUGGUGUUGCAAGUUUUGGAGCUUAUCUUCUUUCAUCCAAUAUAAUAGCAAUGUCUUUGGCACCUAAUGAUGUGCAUCAAAACCAAAUUCAGUUUGCCCUGGAAAGAGGAAUUCCUGCAUAUCUCGGUGUUUUAGGAACCAAGAGGCUCCCCUACCCAAGCAGAUCAUUUGAGCUUGCUCACUGUUCUCGUUGUAGGAUUGACUGGCUGCAAAGGGAUGGAAUUCUUCUUCUUGAACUUGAUAGGCUACUUAGACCAGGAGGCUACUUUGCAUACUCAUCUCCAGAAGCUUAUGCUCAGGAUGAGGAGGAUCUUAGAAUAUGGAGGGAAAUGAGUGCCCUUGUGGGACGUAUGUGUUGGAGAAUAGCUGCAAAGAGGAACCAAACUGUCAUUUGGCAAAAACCUCUAACAAAUGACUGUUAUUUGCAAAGAGAACCGGGAACUCAACCUCCCCUUUGCCACUCUGAUGACGAUCCAGAUGCUGUUUGGGGUGUACCAAUGGAAGCUUGUAUCACGCCAUAUACUGACUAUGACCAUAAAGCCAGGGGGAGUGGAUUAUCUCCUUGGCCAGCUAGAUUGACCUCUCCUCCUCCUAGACUUGCUGAUUUUGGCUAUUCAAGUGAAAUGUUUGAAAAGGAUACGGAAAUGUGGCACCGAAGAGUUGACCAAUAUUGGAGUCUUUUGGCUCCAAAGAUUGAGUUGGAUACUUUUAGAAAUUUGAUGGACAUGAAAGCAAACAUGGGGUCACUUGCAGCUGCUCUAAAGGGCAAGGAUGUUUGGGUGAUGAAUGUUGUCCCAGCAGAUGGACCAAACACACUUAAGCUGAUAUAUGACCGAGGCCUGAUUGGCUCUGUCCAUGACUGGUGUGAAGCCUACUCGACAUAUCCACGAACUUAUGACUUGCUUCAUGCUUGGACUAUCCUUUCUGACGUUGUGAAGAAAGGCUGUAGUGCUGAAGACUUGUUACUUGAGAUGGAUCGCAUGCUCAGGCCUACUGGUUUCAUUAUCAUCCGUGACAAACAACCAGUUAUAGAUUUCAUAAAGAAGUAUUUACCAGCAUUGCACUGGGAAGCAGUAGCAACAGCCGAUUCUAGUUCAGAUUCAGAUCAAGAUGGCGAUGAAAUUGUGUUCAUUGUCCAAAAGAAGAUAUUGCUGACAAGUCAAAGCCUCAGGAAUUCUGAAUAGAAUCAUGAACCCAAGGAUCCUCAUUUCUCCUUAUAUUUGCUGCAGCUCGGAGGGAGAUUCAAAAAUGCAUAUCCCCCAGGGAGUGUGGCACCAAACAGUUUAUUUUGUAGUGUUAAGCAAUGUUUACAUUAAUUUUGUUUCCCCUUUUUCCUUUGUAAUGAUUUAGUUGGCAAGCCAUAAACUGAUCAGUGAUCAUCAUCUCUAAUCUAUUCUUUAAUUCCCCCUACUCUCUAUUUUAGUUAUUCCAUUUCCAGCUACUUCUGCUGCUGACUAAUAAUCUUUUGUUCAGCCA